UACACUUUCGGGAAAUGGCCUCUAAAUCUUGGCUGAAUCUUUUAACCUUCCUUUGUGGAUCAGCAAUAGGAUUUUUUUUAUGUUCUCAGCUGUUUAGUAUUUUGCUGGGAGAACAAGGUGAUACCCAGCCUAAGAUUCUUCAUAACGAUCCCCACGCAAGACAUUCAGAUGAUAGUGGGCAGAAUCAUCUAGCAGGACAAAUGAACUUCAAUGCAGAUGCUAGCCAACAUAAAGAUGAGAACACAGACAUCGCUGAAAACCUGUACCAGAAAGUUAGAAUUCUUUGUUGGGUUAUGACAGGCCCUCAAAAUCUAGAGAAAAAGGCCAAACAUGUCAAAGCUACCUGGGCCCAACGUUGUAAUAAAGUAUUGUUUAUGAGUUCAGAAGAAAAUAAAGACUUCCCUACUGUGGGAUUAAAAACCAAAGAAGGUAGAGAUCAACUAUACUGGAAAACAAUUAAAGCAUUUCAGUAUGUUCAUGACCAUUACUUAGAAGAUGCAGAUUGGUUUAUGAAAGCAGAUGAUGACACGUACGUAAUACUGGACAAUUUGAGAUGGCUUCUUUCAAAGUACAGCCCUGAACAACCCAUUUAUUUUGGGAGAAGAUUUAAGCCCUACGUAAAGCAGGGUUACAUGAGUGGAGGAGCAGGAUAUGUACUAAGCAAAGAAGCCUUGAAGAGAUUUAUUGAUGCAUUUAAAACAGAAAAAUGUACACACAGCUCUUCCAUUGAAGACUUAGCACUGGGAAAAUGCAUGGAAGUUAUGAAUGUGGAAGCUGGAGAUUCCAGAGACACCACUGGGAAAGAAACUUUUCAUCCCUUUGUGCCAGAACACCACUUAAUCAAAAGUUAUCUACCCAGAACCUUUUGGUACUGGAAUUAUAACUAUUAUCCUUCAGUAGAGGGUCCCGGUUGCUGUUCCGAUCUUGCAAUUUCUUUUCACUAUGUUGAUUCUACAACAAUGUAUGAAUUAGAAUACCUCGUUUACCAUCUUCGUGCAUAUGGAUAUUUGUAUAGAUAUCAACCUGCCUUACCUGAGAACAUACUAAAGGAAGUAAGUCAGGUAAACAAAAAUGAAGAUUCAAAAGUAAAAUUAGGAAACCCUUGAAAGGAAAACAAAUGAGCCAAGGUAAAGUGUCUGACGUUGCACUGAAGAAGGACUUCCGCAUCUCUGACAGAACCUUGAAAUCCCAGUGACAUUCCGCAUAGAAACCUUUCAAGUGAAUGACUGUAAACUGAAGCUUUAAAUGAGCUGUGAAAUGUGUUAAAUGUGUUUUGAUACAGUAAUAUAUAAAUCUAUGUAAGAACUUGUUUUUAAAGUGGUGGCAAGUAGAACUAGUAAAAGAUUUUGUUACCUGUUCUGACCAUGUGUAUUAUUGUCACUAGAAACUAAAAUUAAAUCAGUUAAAUUCGCUGAAACUGCACUGCACCACAUUAGGAACACAAUGCUAAACAGACCUGCCUUAAAAAUUUUAGAAGGAAAUAUUGUUGCCUAGCAUUGUUUAUAAAUUCAUUUACAGUAUGAUAUAAGUGAACCGCUACCCCCCACACAGUUGUUUAAUGAAAAGUUUGCAGUGGUUAUUUAUAAUUAGUAAUAUUUCUUAAAGAAGAUAGAAUAAGAAUGGCACUUACCUUACAGUGCAUUAAUAAAACUACGUUUUGAAAUUAUCAUGGGCCUCGAUAUAUUUGGUUCUAAUUAAUCUUUUACUGAUCUCUGUUCUUUUCUAAACUCUCUUGAGUGCCAUUCUCCACCAUUAAUAUUUAUUAAAGCAUUAAUAGUCUGUAAACAAGCAUUUUAAAAUAUUUUGUUCCAAAAUUGCCCAUUAUUAAUUAUGGGUAAUAAUAAAUUUAAUGCUGUUUUGGCAUGCUUUUGUUAUACCAGUGCCAUGAUAGGAAUUACUCCUUCAUAAUUAUUAUUCUUUUCAUUCUCAUCCUUUUGAGAACUGAGAACUUGCUUGUGCCUUUCAUAAUUUAGUUAAAUCUGUUUUAAAAUUCAUGUUUAUGUCUGCGGUGGCUGUUACACUGGCAAAAUAUUUUGAAUUAAGAUUUUGACCAGAGUUAAUUAAAUCUAUUAGAAAAUGUAGCGUUUAAACAAACUAAAAUAUAUUAAAAGACCAAACAAUUUAUGAGCAGCAGCCUAAAGUUUGAUGUUAACUUGUUAUUUUGGAAUCAUUGUCACGCCAGUGGAUAAUUCUGGCACUUCAGAAUACCCUUUUUAGCAUACAAUCAGAAACAUGACUAAAUGUUUCGUCUUACUUUAAUCACUCUGUUUGAAGAGUUUUUGCAAAGAAGGAAAAUUUUCAACUUCUUUUGUCUAGCAAUACUGAGUGUAUAACUAUUUUGCAGAUUUUCUGUAAGAUUAUUUUUAAUAUUUCAUGUGGUUUCCCUUAUGCUUAUUUUUCCUAGUUGUUAUGCCAUUGAUUCCAUUCCAUUGCUUGGCUAAGUAUAUUUAUUGUGCCAAAACAUAUCGUGACCUCUUUGUACGGUGUAUUUUAGAGACUGUAAUUUCAGUGACUAACUCUGGGCUACUCAUUCACAUAGUAAAAACACACCAACUUUUACUUAUUGUUUAUUAUUUUAAUGAUGAUAUCUACAAAAUUUCAAGACAUUCAUUCUGUUCUUUGAACAACUUCUGACUCUAGUGUGGAUGUGAUCUGCGGUCCGUAAAUGCUGUUCUUUAUUAGAAAUGUAAAUACAGCUUUAGCAUAAACAUAAACCCUUGAAAUUAACUCAUGGGCGAUGAAUGCUGCAGUGAAUCCUGAACUUCAGAAUCAAACUGCCUGGGAUUUAAAUUUAAAUAGUAAGUGAUCUGUCACUUACUAUUUUUGUAACCUUGAGCAAUUUAGUCUCUCUGUGCCUCAAUUUUCUUAUCUGUAAAGUAGGGAUAAUACUACUACCUACCUCAUAGGAUUUUUAUGAGGAUUAAUAAAUAUAUGCAAGGCUCUUAAAACAUUGUUUAGUGCAGUCUAGGGAGCAAUAAAGUAAAAGGUUUUAUUAUUCUGUUAUCCUGGAGUGUAAAUAUUUUAUUUAAAUAGUAAAAUGAUCAACUCACGAAAGGUUUUUGUAUGUUUCUUACAGUAUUUAUCUAGUAUCUACUGCACACCAGAUACUGUGCUUAUUCUAUAUAUAGUAGUGUUAAUCCUCACUAAUUUAGUAUUAUUCCCAUGUUAUAGAUAAGGAAACAGAGGCCCAGGGAAUUCAAAGCCACUUUUGCACUGUUGCAAAGCUAGUAAGUAACAGAACUAGAAAUCGUACUCGGACCCUGUGUAUUCAUUUGUGUUGACCGACCUUGGGGUUAUUUAGCAUUAUUUUCACAUAUACGAUAUGUGACAUCUGUUACAUUGGCCAGCAACAGUCAAAUUAACCAGCCAAAUCAUUAUACUGAUGCUUAAAUUGUGGUUCUCACUCUUGCCUGGGAGUUUGUUUAAAUGGAUAUCUAAAACCCUAGUCCCAGGGAUUCUGGUUAUGGUUGGGCCAAGACUACAUAUUCGUACUGGAUAGCACACAUUAGUUAUCAAACAGUGGCUCCAGCAAGCAGUAUCAGUGACAGCUGGGAACUUGUUGGACCUGCCCUACCUGAGCUGUGCUAAAUCAGAAACUCCAGGGUGAGUCUACUCUCCACACACACCCCCAUUCAACAAGCCCUACGGGUGAGUCGUAAUUCUUUCUGUGAGAACCACUGCCCACCUGCUUACAUGACUAUGGUGCAAGUAGUCUUAGGAACACUCAGGAUAACUGCCCCGUGGGUAAGGCGCUUUUCAAAAGCUUAGACAAAGCAUGUUUUCAAUCAGUGUAGUCCAAGAUCACACUAUAUUAAAAGUAAACUACUUAAAGAUAAUUUAAAGGGUCAUUGGAUCAUUGAUUUUGGCAAAAUUUUUUAGCUUCUCCAAAGCAAUUAAUAUCAGGGAGCUGAUAUUAAAUCUGUAAAAUCUUUAAUUCUCCAAGUUUAAUAAAUUUACAUUGGAUAUAAAGGAUUCAUUAAUUACUAGUAACUGCAUUCAUCAAAAGCAUACAUAAGUAAAUGUCACCAGACAUCCACAGAAGUGUUACUGAUAAAUAUUAAAGAUAGCAAACUGCUGUGUUUAGUAUGCAGUGUUUGACUGUUCUGUAUAAUCUGAUGAAGCAGGAACAUUCUCCAGGUAUUUGGCAGGGCACAUGCAAUCAGAUUUCAUGGUAACAGUGCUAGUCAUUGUCUUCUAGAUUCAGAUCUUCGACGGUUAUUUCAGCAAUACCAACAUAAAGGCUUUUAAUAUUUUCUGUUCUCUAACAGUACCAUAUUUUUAUUUUCUGGUUGGAAUUUCAUAGAUACAAAGGUUUUCAUCCCAUGAUUUGGUUAUUUUCAAAUACCUUCAACUCAGAGGAGUUUCUGUCAUUGUAAUCAGAUUAGAACAUAAAUCACUGACCAGUGUUUAACGUUUUUGAAUAUGGUAAUUGGACUUACACAUUAAAGUUGCUAGCUAUUCUCCUAAUUGUUUCUUGAACAUUGAUUUUUUUCAUUUCUUUGAGUCUGUCAAACUGUAUAAACAGAUUGAGGCACUAUUGUACUUGAAAGACUCCCUCCCUUGAUCAGAUGAUUCUGUCUCUUAACAAUUUCUGCUGCUUUGUAUUUACUGCCCUUUAUUUCCUUAAUAACUAACCUCCACUUUCUAGCUACUCUUCAGAAUGCCUUCAUAUGUUAAUUUGGCUGUUAUUAAUGAUGAGAAUUUGUUUUACUUGCGGAUAAUUUCAUAUCCCCUACCUUUGGGUUUCCCUGUGAGAUUAAAAGUUUAAUAAUAAUUCCUGCUGGUUCUCAGGGUAAUUGCCCUACUUAAAAAUACACAAUUUUAAGCUAAUUCUACAUUGUAAUUGUUAAAGGAAGUGAGGUUAUUUGGAUCAUUUGCUUACCUCUUUACAAUAGGCCUGACAGAAACUAGCUUAAGUCUGGGAGACAGCCUGUGGUAUAUCAUCUUAUGUGGAAUCUUAUCCUCUUAUUUAAAAAUGACUCAUGUUUAUAUAUCAGAGUUGAAAUAAAAAUUAACAGAUUGAAAUAACUUCUGUAAGUUCUCUUUAGAGAAAACAGCCCUAAAAGUAGCUUUAGAGUUGAAGCGCGUUCUAUUUCAGCUUUUACCUCUUUAGCUCAGUUUGAAUUUAUGGCAUUUGAAUAACUGCAGGGCCCUACAAUGAAUGAUCUACAUGAAGUCUGUUAUAGAGGGAAACUAAUCUUACUGCUAAGCAGUGUGUUGUGCUAUAUAGUGAAUGUGUUUUGAAAUUUAGCAAUUAUUUAAAGUCAGUGUCAUGAAUGGUUUAAAAAUAUUGGGUGACUUACUUAUUUUAAGUGAUCACCAUUAAGUCAGAAAAAUGUAUUUUCAAAUGUUUUUAAAGUGCCUUUUGAAAAUUUUUAAACAAUGAAUUUAAAUUGCAUAAAAUAAAUUACCAUGUUCAAAAUUGC